CAAAGUUCUUCAGCUUAUCACUUCCUUAUUUAUGGGCAGAUGAGUGACAAUUGAGUUAGGGAGGCACAGUUUUAAGUGAAAGGAUGUGGACAUUUGCGCUCCUUGCCGUAGGGGUUGUAGCUUUAUGGCUGCUAUACAGAAAACGAAGUUUCUCUUUCCUCAAAGAUCAUGGCAUUCCAGGACCGAAACCCAGCCUAUUGUUUGGAAACAUGUUAGAAUUGGCGACAAAAACUCCAAUAAAGUGCUUAGAUGAAUGGUGUGAGAAAUAUGGAAGAAUUGUGGGGUACUACUUGGGAACGAGACCCGUCAUUCUCAUCACAGACGUGGAUUUGCUCAAGAGGAUUCAAGUCUCAGAUUUCACCAAAUUCAUGAACAGGCCUAACUUGCGUGGACCUCCACCAAGCAAAGACACGAAAAAACAGCCGUUCUCGCAGAAUCUGCUGCAGCUGAGAGAUAAGAGAUGGAAAGAAAUACGUUCAAUCAUCACUCCUUCUUUCACUGCGUCCAAAAUGAAGCAGAUGGCUCCUAUCAUGAAUUCGGCUAUUGAUUCCUUGAUGAACAACGUCGAGAAGAAAUGUGCGGCUGGCGAGGAAUUCGAUAUCUACCCAAUGUUCCAAGGCCUUACGAUGGACGUUAUUGGAAGGACAGCUUUCGGAAUCCAGACAGAUUCACAGAACGACCCAAACGAUCCCUUAUUGCGAUCUAGUAAAAUUCUUUUGUCUGGAGAUAUCACAAGUCCUGUUGUACUCCUUGCAACAAGCUUUCGAUCCCUUGCCGUCUUGUGGAACUGGCUGGGCAAAAUCAGAUUGAUAUUUCUGAACCAAGGCAAGAAUCCAUUCAUAGAACUUUUCCAAUCCGUUAAAGCUGUAAUAGCCAUGAGAAGAAAAAACAAAGAGGCUGGGCGACCGGAUCUUUUACAGUCAAUGAUUGACGCAGAAAUUGAUGAUUUGUCAAAAGUGACAGCUGACGACCUCACAGCAAAAGAAGGCGACACUAGUGAAACUGAAUCUAAAGGUUCGACCUCCAGUAAACUGAUCCGGCGGAUGACAGACACUGACAUUUUAGACAACUCUGUUCUAUUCUUCCUGGCAGCAUACGAGACCACUAGUACGGCUUUAGCAUUUACUGCACACUUACUCAUGCAUUACCCUGAAGCGCAGGACAAAAUACGACAAGAAGUUAAACAACUUUUGGAAACAGAGGGGGAAUUAAAUUAUUACUCUGUCAAUAAGCUGCAAUACCUGGACCAAGUUCUCCAUGAAUCUCUAAGAAUGUAUCCACCUAUCUAUCUUUUUGUAGGCCGAGAAUGUGGCGAAGACAUAGAUCUUGGCAAAAUCAAGUUGAAGAAAGGAAUGGCAGUUCAAGUGCCGGCCUGGAGCUUGCACAAAGAUCCCGAAUUGUGGGGCCCGGAUGUUCAUGAAUUCAAACCAGAAAGAUUUUCUCCCGAAAAUAAAUCCAAAAUUCAUCCAAUGGCAUUCCAAGCUUUUGGUCAGGGACCCAGAAACUGCGUCGGAAUGCGGUUUGCUUUCAUGGAAGCUAAAUUAGCUUUGGCGAGAUUGCUGUCCAAAUACAAGCUCAAGCCGUGCUCUAAAACAGAUAAGAGAGAUCCUGACCUGAGGAUAACAUUUGUCUCCAUCAGUCCGAAGCAUGGCGUCUGGACCAAAGUUGUGCCGGUGUGACGUGGAACAGGCUCGCCUGGAACAUUUAGUUAUGUAAAUUUGUAAGAGUAUAUGCAUGUGAUAUUUUAAAUCGAUCUUGGAAAUGUUAUCGAAUAAACUAUUUUAUUUAAACAAUCUUCAAUUAAUAUUUGAUAAAAUGAUUCAUUUUUUUCCUUACAUCAUUAUUCAAUGACAUAUACAGAGAAAAAUACGCGAUAUUUUGAUGAAUCUGAUCACUUCAAGAAAAAUCUGGAAUUGCA